AGGUCCGUACACACCCACAUUCUGUCGUACUUUCCCUUUUGGCAGCAGCUCAACACGCUCACUGACCUACGCACCCACCCACCGAUCCAUGAAACCCUCCUUGGCCAUCCCCCCUUCCCGAUCGUCAGUGACCGGCUCUCUCACGCCACCCGGCGAGGCUGCCCUCCACGAGGACGACUCAGACCCGCUGACGCAGCAAACCCCCAACGCUGCCAACGCCGUGAAGUCACCUCGAAGUGUUCACUUCUUCGCCCCGGGUAAGGACGGUGAAGAGCAGAAGGAGUCUCGGUACAGCAACGCCCUCAGUCCCAGCGCGUCUUUUAUGUCGACGGAUCACGACGGCGGCGACAUGCUGUCGCACAUCACCACCCCACCGCAGCGGCUGGAGCCGAUCCCGCCGUUCGGCCUCACCCGCGACGACGUGGAAGCCGCCUUUGAAUUUCUCGACGUCAACGGCAGCGGCUUACUGACCAUGGCAAACCUGAAGCAACGUCUCUCCGCCUUUUACCCACAAAUGACGAGUAAGGAGUACAAAUUUCUGGUCGAGGACCCCAGCGGCAAUAACGGCGGCGGCGGUCAGGUCGGCAAUGCGGAGCAGUCCACUUCUACCCAGGCCUUCCCCCCUCUCGUGGGGGCGGACAAGGUGAAGAGCGACAGCGCGCAUUCGCACAACGCUGGCGCCAGUCCACCGCCCCCGAAGACAUUGGCGAACGAGUCUUUCGGAGCCUGCAAUAACGCCGGCGGUGGUGGUGGGCAUGCGGAGACGCCAUUGUCUCCUGCGGAGCUGGCAACAGAGCACAACACGCCUAGCUCGCGCCCGUACGGCAGCCGUGCCGGACUCGACGUGGAUCAGCUCUGGGAUCUCAUUCAGUCCUUUCAGCAACUGCAGCGCAACCUUGGAGGGGGCGGCGGUACGACGGACUGGAUGCACCGGCAGACUUCCGGCGGCGGGUCCCGUCGCCACGUCGGCUCGAAUGGUUUAGGCGCCUCCUACGACGCCACCGCGGCGGCCUCUCUCUUUCACGGUCACGGCGGCAGCAGCGGCGGCAUUGAGAGUGGGUUCGACGCCGUUGCCGAGGCCUUCCGCGUCUACGACCCGCGCAACACGCAUUAUGUCGAUAAGGAGGUGUUGUCACGAAUUAUGGCACAGAUUGGAUUCGGGGAGCUGAGCGAGAAGGACCUGGCGUUGUUGGUGGGCACCGCUGACUUUGACGGCGAUGGGCGUAUUUGCCUGGACGACUUUCGGCGGCUUGUAAGCAUGAAAGGACGUUUUAAAAAGGCGUGA